UUCUUGCUCCUACAUUACUUUCGGCGUUCAUUUACAUUAUUGUUCGUGGCGAGUCUAAAAAUGGCGGGUCGGGGUAAAACUCUCGGAUCAGGAGCGUCGAAGAAGGCAACAUCGAGGAGUAGUAAGGCCGGUCUUCAGUUCCCGGUCGGUCGUAUCGCUCGGUUCCUUAAAGCUGGGAAAUAUGCUGAACGUGUCGGAGCUGGAGCUCCGGUCUACCUCGCCGCCGUUCUUGAAUAUCUUGCCGCUGAGGUUCUUGAGCUCGCCGGCAACGCUGCCAGGGAUAACAAGAAAACCCGAAUAGUGCCUCGUCAUAUCCAGCUCGCUGUAAGGAACGAUGAAGAACUGAGCAAACUUCUCGGAGAUGUGACCAUCGCUAAUGGCGGUGUAAUACCCAACAUCCAUAACCUUCUCCUCCCAAAGAAAGCUGGAACCUCCAAGGCGUCCGGUGGUGAUGACGAUUAGACUAGCUUCUCGAAGCUAGAACCGAAUGAUAUCCUCUCUCUGUUCUGUCUUAAAGCCAUUCCGAGAUGGAACAUUCUCGGAGUUUCUGAUUGUUGUCCUAUUAUGAUUUUUUAGGUGUUUUGAUAUCUUUUCCUGAUGGGAAUUAGCAUGUUGACAGUGUUAUAGCGUAGUUUAGGGAGUUGUAGUUUAAAAUGUGAAUAGAAUCAGUCAUUGUUCUUGUU